AUGAGCGGUGGAGUGAAUAUCAAAGUCAUAUCUCAGAGCCAGAAUGACGCUGGUGUCAGCUCCAGUUUGCCUGUACCUCGAAGCAUGAUGCCCCUGUCCAAGAUGGAUCCUAAGCAACAAUACAGAGGCCUCCCAAACUCUAUGGUGCAGAAUCAGCAUGCAGCCAAACGUCAGCUUUCGUACGCUUCAUCUACUGUUUCCUCAGGCCCUACAGAGCUGCUGAGAGGCACAGCUUUAAAGAACCACCUGCUGCAGCAAAAGAGCAGCAUGUAUUCUCACAGGAGCCCAGCGGCCACAGAGCGAACUGACGGGACGUGCUCGGCGUACAGCAGCCCUCAGAUACCGAAGAGGGAAGUCCGGCGCUCUAAAGACACACUUGACCUUCGCACUAGCACACUGACCCAGAAAGCUUUACGAGACCUACAUUUGAGAAGAAACACCAACAAGAACUGGACCUUUGGAAAAUGUCGUCUGAGAAGCGUUGACAACGCAGAGGCGGAUGAAUCCUUGUGUCAGCUCUCGGCUACUAACCAGCUUGGCCAAGGAAGAGGACGCCUCCUCUAUACUAAAGGUACUAAUGGGAAUGUGAUAUGUUCCACUGGAAUGGGGAACUUCCAAAAAGAGGUGAGGAACAUCUCCAACCUGGACCUGAACACUUCUGAAGGAGUGGCGUCCACUAACAAAUCAAAGCCUUCGUAUCAGACAUUCAACAUGCACCGAAGAGGGAGUGAGCCAGGGAAGGUGAACAUGGCAACUGUUGCUCCCUUCAGGUUCAGGUUUCAGGUCCAUGAGGAGAUGGAUGCCUCUCUGGAUGAUCUGAGUGACUGUUCCUCUGAUUCCAUGGAGGUCUGCUGUGAUGAUAUAGGAGGCAUGCUUGGAAAUAGUGUGAAAGGCAGAGAAGGCGAUUUGAAGAUGGAAAGGACGGAUAGUACAAAGGCAUACGGCCAAGCAGAUGGCAAAGGAGUUGGUAUGGCAGCUAAGAGGGCCAAGACUGGAGUGCCCCAGAGCACACAGCGGGGUGAACUAAAGGUUUACCGGGCGGGUAGCUCUGAGGGCAGGCUACCAGUGUCCUCCAAUCUCCGCAAGCAGAGGUCUAUGACAAACCUGGCUGUACUCACUGAUGCUGAGAAGAAGUUGCACCUUUAUGAGCCCAAGUGGUGUGAUGACAUGGCCAAGCCUGGAGCUGGGCAGACGAAGACAGGCAGGCCAAAGACAGCAGGGGGUGGCAGCAGCGCCGUAGGGGGUGCCCCUCUCUCUCGAAAACUAUCCAAAUCGGAGCAUUCGCUGUUUCAGGGCAAACCGAAGCCCUUCAGCCCUCUGGCUGCUCCCUCUGCCCUGAAUAAGCAGAGUCGCAUACCUCGUGGUCCUUACGCUGAAGUGAAGCCCCUGAGCAAGGCACCCGAGGAUGGGAAGUCCGAUGAUGAGAUCCUCUCCAGUAAGGCUAAGGCCAACGCAAAGAAACAGGGAGCUGGAGCAGAGUCUGGUUCUAAAGGCCAGGGGGAAGAAGGGGGAGACAAGCCCUUCCUGAAGGUGGAUCCAGAGCUGGUGGUUACAGUGCUGGGUGACCUGGAGCAGCUUCUCUUCAGUCAGAUGUUAGACCCUGAGUCCCAGCGGAAACGAACUGUGCAGAAUGUCCUUGACCUCCGCCAGAAUUUGGAAGAUACAAUGUCGAGUCUGCGGGGCUCUCAGCUUGGCCAUAGCUGUCUGGACACGAGCAGUGUGGGCUAUGACAGUGACGAGACCAAUGCUCGCAGCAUAUCCAGCAUGUCCAACCGCUCUUCACCUCUGUCUUGGCGCCACGGCCAGUCAAGCCCUCGUCUUCAGGCGGGCGACGCCCCGUCCUCCACAGGUGGAGGUUACCAGGGGAGUAAGACUGGUUCCCAGUAUACAGCCCAUACGAUGCCAGCUCGCUGCUCCAGCCGUCUCAGCAGCACAUCUCGUAUUGAGCUCAUCGAAGGGCUUGAUGACACCGACCUCAAGUCUGGUUACCUGAGUGACAGUGACCUUCUAGGAAAGAGCAUGCCAGAUGAAGAUGACGACAACCUGGCUAAUGGUUGGGAUGAAAGCAGCUCCAUCAGCAGCGGGCUCAGCGAUGGAGACGGCGAUGGGUCAGAGAACCUCAGUUCAGAGGAGUUCAAUGUCAGCUCCUCCCUCAACUCUCUGCCAAGCACACCACUGGGAUCCAGACGCAACUCCUCUGCUAUGCUCCGCACUGAUGCAGAAAAGCGCUCCCUGGUGGAAAGUGGACUUUCUUGGUACAGCGAGGACAGCAAAGCCAGCCACAAACUCGAUAGUUGCAGAUAUGACACAGGGAGUCUCAAGACCGAGGCUCCGAGUAAGUGGAGAAAGAAGCCUCCGAGCCUCAGUGAUGAUACGGCGGGUAAAGGAGAACUGAGGAAGCCUCAAAGUCUGGGUCAUCCAGGGAGUUUUAAGAAAGGUCGUAAUCCUCCUGUGGGCAUAACCUCCCCUAUCACCCAUACCUCUCAGAGCAUGCUUAAAGUUGCAGCACAUAAAAGUGAGAAGCCACAGGAUAAAUCCAAGAUUUCCAUCAAAACUGCUGGUCUCCAGAGGUCUCGUUCAGAUGCUGGCAGGGACCAUCAUGGAGAGCACCGCAAGCCCCCCUCAGGUUUAGUUAAACCCACUGCUGGAGCCUCCUUUGGCUACAAGAAACCACCUAUAGCCACCGGUACUGCCACAGUUAUGACAGCAGGGGGCGCCACAAUCUCCAGUGGCUCUGCUACUGUGGGUAAAACUCCCAAGUCAUCUGGCAUCCCUGUGAAGCCUGUAGGAGGAGGAACACCCUCGGGUCGCAAGAACAGUUUUGAUGCCAGCAGUGAGCAGAGCUUCCUGGGGCCAAACGCCCGAAACAGCAUACAGUACCGCAGCCUGCCGCGACCUGCCAAAUCGAGCACGCUCAGUGUGAUUGGUCGGCCUGCAUCUCGGCCUGUCAGCGGUACUAUUGACCCCAGUCUGUUGAGUUUGAAACCUGUGACCAUCGCCUCCGCAGGCCCCAGGGUUAAAGAGCUGAGUAGCUGCAGCAGUAAAAUGGCUAAUCGGACGAGCACAGGCCCAGUGAACCAGACGGACAGAGAGAAGGAGAAGGAGAGAGCCAAGGCAAAGGCCGUGGGUGUUGACAUAGACUGUAGGUCUCUGAAAGGAGAUGAGUGUACAGGAGAGUCUACUGUGAAACUGCACGGCCUGAGACGAACCAGCAGCAGCAAAUACCCUGAACUGUCAUCACCUACCACACCAAGGAUGCUGAACACUAAAUCUCUGGGUCGUCCACCCAGCUUGGCUCACCUGGACAAAGUCAACUCCAACAGUUUCGACUCCUGUGUGACCAUCCAUGACCUCCCACCCAAAGUACCCCCUUAUUCCAAACUUCAGGACUUGGCUGGUUCCCACACUGCCACCCACCUCACCCCCAGCCCGGCCCCUGUGCUCCACAUCGAUUCUCCUGGUUCCUACACCAGUGAAAGCCUGAGCUUGAGUGGAUCCCCGCUGCUCUACCCGAAGCUAUCUGGCAUGCACCGCAGCAUGGAGUCCCUGCCUCUCCAGAUGAGCGUGCCUUCCAGUGUGAGAUAUCUUUCCCCGGAGAUGCAGCCAAAGGAGAGGGGUACAGGAACAUGGGGAGGUGGAAGCAGGACAUCCCUCAAUCUCUCAGAUGGCCUGCAAACAAACAGGAAUACCUUGCCAAAGAAAGGCUUAGGUCUUCUUAGACGCUAUGGCUCAAGCCUGUCAGAGAGUGAUGGGAGCAAACCAGCAAGACGCCACUCCCACAACAUAGUCAGCAUGACGGAUAGCGAUAGCCCCCCUCAGCUGCCCUCUCCCACCCGCCCACUCCACCCCUCCUCCGGCAAGGCUCCUCUCACCAACGUGGUUGCCCCAAUUUCCAGUGGCACCCCGAGGAUAUCACGCUCCAACAGCAUAGGACCCCCCAGUGAUUCAGCCUGUGAUCUCUAUGGAUCCUCCCCGCCGGGCAGCACUAUGUCCCUGGCUGACCGCCCAAAAAGCAUGAUGCGGUCAGGGUCUUUCCGUGAUUCAGGGGACGAUGUGCAUGGCUCUGUGCUCUCAUUGGCGUCCAAUGCUUCUUCCAACUAUUCCACUAAUGAGGAGAGGAUACAAGGGGAGCAAAUCCGCAAGUUGAGGCGAGAGCUGGAAUCAUCGCAGGAAAAAGUUGCCAACUUGACCAUGCAGCUUUCUGCUAAUGCUAAUCUGGUAGCGGCGUUUGAACAGAGUCUGGCACUGAUGACAGCACGUCUGCAGACCCUGUCGGUCUCCUCAGACCAGAAGGACUCUGAGCUCACGGAGCUCAAGGAUACCAUCGAGGCUCUGAAGACCAAAAACACAGAAGCCCAGGAAAUCAUUCACGUGGCUCUCAGUAAUCCAGACAUCACACCUAAAGAGCUGCUGAUCAAUCGGCAGAACUCCUCAGAAAGCAUCUCAAGCCUCACUAGCACCACCAGCCACUCAAGUAUGGGCAAUCUCAAGGAGCAGGAGGCCAAGAAGAAAAAGAAGAAGAGCUGGGUCUUCGAGUUACGCAGCUCUUUCAACAAGGCCUUCAAUAAGAAGGGUGGUAAGCCAACGGGGCCAUAUGCUGACAUUGAGGAAAUUUCCACCCCAGAGUCCUCGGCACCUUCUUCUCCCAAAGUCCACCACGACGAGGAGAACCCUUCAUCAUUAAUGAUAUCCUCAGCCUCUGCAGCAUCAUCCCGGUAAUCCUCUCCCUGCACAGGCACAGAUCCAAAACUAUAAAUAUUCAGUGUGGGGGAUGAGGAUGAUGCGGGGGAAGAAAAAGUUGUAUCAGAGUUGCGCUCAGAACUUUGGGAGAAGGAGCGUAAACUGACAGAUAUCCGCCUGGAGGCUCUGAGCUCUGCCCAUAAGCUGGAGCAGCUGCAGGACACCAUGACCAACAUGCAGAAAACAGUGGAGAACCUGAAGGCUGAGAAUGACCAUCUGAAGAUAGGAACUCCUUGUCCAUCUCCUGGACCGUCUAGCUCCGUCUCCCAGUCCUCAGGUCUCACUGCUCUGGGAAGUUCUUCACCCCGUCAGUCAGUAGCCAUGAACAUGCCCAAAAGUUACAGCAGAGGACUGAGUGAGGGGAACGGCUCAGACGUCCUCUCAGAUUCUCUCAGCCUUUCCUCACAGAGAGAUGAUCAUCGUGUUAGGGUGGUGGUUUGUGUGGCAGAUUUACAUGUCUUCAAAGACGAGGUCAAACAACAGGAUUUCUUCAUCGGCACUGUCAGGGUGAAUGGCAGGAUGGACUGGUCCAUGCUUGAUUCAGCUGUCAGCCAAGCGUUCAAGGUCUACAUAGCCAAAGUGGACCCCACCUCCAGUGUGGGCCUGUCUCCUGACUCCAUCUACAGCUACAAUAUGGGCCACAUUAAGAGAAUUUUGGGAGGAGAAGCUCCAGAGACCCAGCCCUCUCGCUGCAUGUCCCGAGGCCCCAGUGGCAUUACGGUGGCUCUAAAGGGUUUGAAAGAGAAGUGUGUGGACAGCUUGGUAUUCGAGACCCUCAUUCCCAAACCUAUGAUGCAACAUUAUAUCAGUCUGCUUCUCAAACAUCGUCGUAUCAUCCUGUCUGGACCGAGCGGAACGGGUAAGAGCUACCUUGCUUCCCGGCUGGCUGAGUACCUGGUGGACCGCAGCGCCCGCGAAGUCACGGACGGCAUCAUGGUCACUUUCAACAUGCAUCGCCAGUCAUGCAAGGAUCUGCAGCUCUAUCUUUCCAACUUGGCCAAUCAAAUCGAUCGGGAAACCAGCACAUCAGAAAUACCGCUGGUAGUUAUUCUGGAUGAUAUUCACAACCCUGCUUCCAUCAGCGAACUUGUCAACGGUGCUCUCACCUGCAAAUAUCACAAAUGCCCGUACAUUAUUGGAACAAGCAAUCAACCAGUGAAGAUGACAGCGAACCACAGCUUGCACCUGAGCUUCAGGAUGGUGACCUUCUCCAACAACGUGGAGCCAGCCAACGGCUUCCUGGUGCGCUACCUGCACAGGAAGCUGAUGGAGUCCGAGGAUGAGAGAAACUUGACCAAUGAGGACCUGAUCAGGGUGUUAGACUGGGUGCCCAAACUGUGGUAUCACCUGCACACAUUCCUGGAGAAGCACAGUACAUCAGACUUCCUGAUUGGCCCAUGCUUCUUCCUGUCCUGUCCAGUCACUGUGGAUGAAUUUCGAUCAUGGUUCAUUGACCUUUGGAACCACUCUAUUAUUCCAUAUUUGCAAGAGGGUGCUAAGGACGGUAUCAAGGUCCACGGCCAGAAGGCAGUAUGGGAGGACCCGGUGGACUGGGUGAGGGGCACUCUUCCUUGGCCGUCUGCCCAGCAGGACCAGGCAAAACUGUUCCACCUGCCUCCCCCGAGCAUAGGCUCCAGCAGCCCUGGUCAGCUGAUUGAGGAAAGGGCUCACAAGGAGACUCCACCAAGCUCCAUGGAAUCUGAUCCGCUGAUGGCAAUGCUUUUGAAACUUCAAGAGGCUGCCAAUUACAUUGAAUCCCCCGACAAAGAAGACCCUAGCCUACCUAAACUUUGAACACAAAGCUUACUGUACACUUUACACUUAACACUUCAAAUGUUAUUUUUAUUUUUUUAUCAACUGUAAUGACGCAGUGCACAUUCAGGAACAAACCAACCCUCAGAAAUGGUUGUAGGGUGAUUUAGGUCAUUCCUGCACUAGGAAGUCAAAGCGUGACUGGUUAAUUCUAAAUCAUCUUAAUAUACAUACAGUAUUUUCAAAAACUGUUCAUAAGUAUUGAAUGACAAACUAUAUACUUUAGGAUAUAGUUAACUGGAUGACAUUCACUUCAGUUCAGAACCCUUAAUAUCACUGUAGUCCUCUUAGAUCGGUGCUAACAGCUCAGUAUGAAACUCAUCGUCUCAGCACUGACACUUCAGGUGAUUUCUGCAACAGCACACCGUGUCCAUCCUGCUUUGUGCUUAAGUGCAUCAUGGGGGAUACGGUGUGCUUUGUCAAAUAGAGGUAUUCUCAAUUAAUGGUGACUCAAUUUGUAAAAGAGUAUGACAGCAUGACAGGCACUAUUAUUUAUUGCAAAGUUCUUUGGUACAUAUCUACUGUAUAAGUCUUUCAUGGCCAAAUCUUAUACAUAUGCAAUCCUGAACUUUACAACCCAAGCAGGUGAAACAAGUAAAAUGCCUUAAGAACGUCACCCCAACUUCAGCAGAGUAUAUUGGUGCUUUCAUUAAUAUCAUCCCGGCACGGACAACCUGAAAUCAAGUGUUUCCUCUACACUAUCCAUAAUUUAUUUAAAAUAAAUAAUCUUUUUGGGUUCAAGACAACAUCAGGUACCUUCCUUCUUUUAUCAUGUGUUUGGUUCAUAAGCUGGAAACUUGCUGUCAUACUCUUUUGCAUAAAACAAGACUUAUGUAUUCCUGAUCAAAUGUAACGUUGUCACAUUGUGGCUGCAUACUCAACUUUUUUUUUCCAAGCACUUAAUUUAAUUUUAUGAAUUGCUUUAUGUAAAAAAUAAAUAAAUAACUAAUGUCACCAAUAUUGCCAUAUAUGCCAUUUAUGCCAUAUAUAUCAGGUAUUUAGAUUCGUACUUCACAGGGAUGAUAAUAUAACAAAUACCUUCUAAUGAAAGUAAA